ACAACAACACAACAAAAUACAGACGAUUGUUCCGGGUUGAUCUGUCAAGAACACAACACAGUUUUCACCAUGACUCCACGUCAGCAGGGGGAUGUUGAUGAAUUAUUUGAUGUCAAAAAUUCAUUUUUCAUCGGAAACUACACUCAAUGCAUCAAAGAAGCCGAAAAUAACGAUAAGGUCAGUACAGAAGAACUUCGAUUUGAAAGAUUAGGGUUCAUGUACCGAGCUUACAUUGCACAGAAAAAGUUCAGAGUUGUCCUCGAUGAAGUACACAGUGGUUCACCUCCACCUCUACUCCCAAUUCGCCUUCUUGCCGAAUACUUUGGGUCUCCUCAAAGAAGGAUUGAAUUAGUUCAGCAGUUAGAGCAAAUGCUGUCAAGCGGAGUGACAGGCUACAAACAUUUGCUGAUUCUCACAGCUGCCACUAUUUACUGUCAAGAGGGUAAUUAUGAAGCAGCUCUUCGAGUUCUCCAUCAAGGGGAUCAUUUAGAAUAUAAUGCUUUAAAUCUCCACAUCUAUUUGCGAAUGGAUCGUAAGGACCUUGCUAGAAAAGAGCUCAAAAUCAUGCAAGAACGCGAUGAUGAUGCCACUUUAACUCAGUUGUCCCAAGCCUGGCUGAAUAUUGCAUUAGGAGGAGAAAAGAUGCUCCAGGAUGCUUACUAUAUCUUUCAGGAGAUGGUAGACAAGUAUGGAUCUACAUCUUUGCUGCUGAAUGGACAAGCAGCAUGUUUCAUGGGACAGGGUAAAUAUCAAGAAGCCCAGUCUGUUCUCCAAGAAGCCUUAGAUAAGGAUAGCAAUGCUCCUGACACACUUAUAAACAUGACUGCCCUGUCCCACUAUCUUGGAAAGGCUCCAGAAGUUGCCAACCGCUACCUUAGUCAGCUGCAAGAUUCUCAUGCUGACAAUGAUUUUGUAAAAGAAUAUAAUCAGAAAACAUCAGAAUUUCAGAGACUAUGCAAGCAGUACAGUGUUACAAGUUCAUAAAUUGUUAUUGUUUGGUAAAAUAAGGAAAUCAGUAUACUUGUUUAUAUAUCUAAAGUUUCUAUAAGUAUACAAAAAAUUUAUUGCAUUAAAAGAUCACAGAAAAAUGCC